UCACACAUUCAAAAAAGACAAAAUUCACAUCCCAUCCACACUUUUCACAUCCCCAAAUUAAGAAUUCACACACACAAUUUACACCUAAAUUCUCUUUGCUUUCAAAGGCCAAUAGAACGUGGCCAAACUCUCUCCUCUUCAUCUCUCUCUAAGAUACUAGGGAAAAAAAUCGAACCAUAACUCACUAAAAUGGUUGGUGAGGCCGAAUGCAGAGAGAGGAGAGAGAAGGCCGAACGGCGGCGCCGGGAACCAUGACGGCCGUUACAAGGGGGUGAGGAUGAGGAAAUGGGGGAAGUGGGUGGCGGAGGUGCGGCAACCGAACAGCCGCGACAGGAUCUGGCUGGGGUCAUACCGGACAGUGGAGGAGGCUGCCCGGGCCUACGACACCGCCGCCUUCUGCCUCUGCUGGCCGUCGGCGAUGCUCAAUUUCUCGGAUUGUCCACCGGACAUUCCGGACGCGGUCGAACUGUCACGGUCACAGAUCCAGGUGGUGGCGUUGAGGCACGCGCGAAGGGCGGCGGAGGAGGAAGGGGAGUCGGGUGGUGGUGGUGCGGUGGGGACAUCGUAGGCGAGUUUUCCGGCGGCGGCGGAGGUGUUUUAUGUCGGAGAGUUUAGUGGUGGUUAAUUUGGUGGUGGCGAGUUGAUGACGGCAAGAGAUGAAGAAGGGUUUGUGGGAAGGAUAGAUGAGAGGAGAGGCGAGACUAUUGGGGGUAUUUUGAGUACCUCACUUAAAACAAGAUUUACAUGGGUAGG